AUGGUUGGCAGAGCUGGGGAAGCGUUCAGAGUUUCGGAGUGUAAGGAGAUAAUGGAGCUUAUUAAACUGACGGAUUGGAGAUGCUGGGAUUAUUUGGAGAAGAUCGACAAGAAGCUAUGGACACGUUCACAUUUCGAAGGGGAGAGAUUUAACGUGAUGACUUCUAACGCUGCUGAAUCGUUGAAUAAUGCUCUUCUGCCCGCUCAUGAUAGUCUUAUAAUGGCAUUGUUCGAGUUUAUUCGCCGGAAGCUGUGUACAUGGUCUGUGAGCAGACGCAGCGAGAUCAGUAAGAUGAAGGGAAAUGUUCCAGAUAAUAUUCAAAAGAUACUGGUCGAACAGCUGGUGCUGUCAACGGGCCUUCUAGUUAUGCCAUGUUCGACUUGGUUAUUCGAAGUUACGCACAUGCCAACUAAUUUUGGUUUCACGGUUGAUCAGGAUAAACGAACUUGCACUUGCCUCGAAUUCCAAAAGCUUGGUUUGCCAUGCCGACAUGCCAUUGCUGCUGCUUCUUACCGUAAUAUGCAGUACAGCAUGUUUGUUUGCAAACACCAUCUCAAAGAGACAUGGGCUAAAACAGUUAGGGGUAUCAUACUUCCGGUUCCGGAUCCAAAGGAUGUUGAAGUGCCAGCCGAAAUACUAACGGGAGUCGGAGGGAGCGAUGAUGAAUCCGAUAGUAAGGUUGAUCUUGAAGACUAUAAGGAGUACCUUGAGGAACAUCACCGGAGCGAGUCCGAGUCAAGUCGAGAAUCCAAAUGA